AUGGCCACGGAAUUGACUGUUCAGUCGGAGCGUGCUUUCCAGAAGCAGCCCCAUAUCUUCCAAAACUCCAAGGUCAAGGCCAAGUCCACGAGACCUGGCAAGGGUGGCCGCCGAUGGUACAAGGACGUCGGUCUAGGUUUCCGAACCCCCAAGACCGCGAUUGAGGGAAGCUACAUCGACAAGAAGUGCCCUUUCACCGGUCUCGUCUCUAUCCGUGGCCGUAUCUUGACCGGAACCGUCGUUUCCACCAAGAUGCACCGAACUAUCAUCAUCCGACGCGAGUACCUAAAAUUCGUCCCCAAGUACGCACGAUACGAGAAGCGACACAAGAACUUGGCCGCGCAUGUCUCGCCGGCUUUCCGUGUUGAGGAGGGUGACCAGGUCACGGUUGGCCAAUGCCGACCUCUCAGCAAGACAGUUCGGUUCAACGUCCUUCGUGUGCUUCCCCGAACCGGCAAGGCGGUGAAGAAGUUCAGCAAGUUCUAGGUUGGGGAUCUUUCCUGGGCAUCGAUGGCGUUGUUACUUCAUGGUUCUUCAUGAUCUCAGAUUCGGAACGGGUGUUUCAUAGGCAUUCUGCCAGGGCACAAAGAUGCACCAUCGGCAGCUCUGAGAAAUAAAAACGGAUAUACCACAUUUUAUAUUAUUUCCCAAAGUUGUGAGCGUGAUUCAGAACGGCUUGUUUGUGGCGAGCAACUGUCUAGCUGGGUAUGAAACAGUUGAUAACCUCAGGUUCCUGCUCAUUGAAAUGCUAGGUUUCUAGGUUGUUUGAACGCGCAUAUUAGGCAAGGCACUCCAAAAUUGCUUGACAUCCAGGCCUCCGAUGUGAUCUUUCUAUU